GGCGCCAGGACUGCGAGGAGGACUCGGUGGUCCGGCCGCGUGGGCUCACACGAGGUUAGAGGUCGCCCGGCGUGGCCCCGUGGGGCUGGGGCCGCCGGGAGACGGCUCCUGUGGACAUGGAGACUCGGGGUGUGGUCCCGGAGCGAGCCGAGGCUCUAGGCAGCUCGCGGCGUCCGGCCGCGCGGGACUGCUCAAGAUGUCGUACAUGCUUCCGCAUCUGCACAAUGGCUGGCAGGUAGACCAGGCCAUUCUUUCGGAGGAGGACCGCGUGGUCGUCAUUCGUUUCGGACACGACUGGGACCCCACUUGCAUGAAGAUGGACGAGGUUCUGUACAGCAUCGCCGAGAAGAAAUGGAAGAUAGUGGGAGAUCUUCCUCAUCUUGUUUGAGUCCUGUUUGGAUAUCCCAGCUGUUUUAAAGCAAACGGUGUUGGUGUCGCUUGUGCUCCGUGGCAUCCUCUCUGGUUCUCCCGAGUCUGACAGGCCUAUCUGCCGCCAAUAUGAACAUCCGCCGUGCUCGGCCAGAUGACCUGAUGAACAUGCAACACUGCAACCUCCUUUGCCUUCCUGAGAACUACCAGAUGAAGUACUAUUUCUAUCAUGGCCUCUCUUGGCCCCAACUCUCCUACAUUGCUGAGGAUGAAGAUGGGAAGAUUGUGGGUUAUGUCCUUGCCAAAAUGGAAGAGGAUCCUGAUGAUGUCCCUCAUGGACACAUCACUUCACUGGCUGUGAAACGCUCCCACCGGCGCCUUGGCCUGGCCCAGAAGCUGAUGGAUCAGGCCUCACGGGCUAUGAUUGAGAACUUCAGUGCCAAGUAUGUGUCCCUGCAUGUCAGGAAGAGCAACCGAGCAGCCCUGCACCUGUAUUCCAACACCCUGAACUUCCAGGUUAGUGAGGUGGAGCCCAAGUACUAUGCAGAUGGAGAAGAUGCGUACGCUAUGAAGAGAGACCUCUCACAGAUGGCAGAUGAGCUGAGACGCCAGAUGGUGCUGAAGAAGAGCAAAUACGUGUUGCUGGGUUCCAGAGAGAACCAGGAGAACCAGGGCAGCACACUCCCUGGUUCUGAAGGAGCUUGUCAGCAGGAGAACCUGGGUGGAGAUGACAGCGGCAGUGACAGCAAGGACAGCUUGCAGGGCUUGGACCCUACUGCCUAGGCCCUGCUUGAGCAUUACAGGUCCUCGUAUUUUAGCCACAUUUUUUCGUGGGAACCCUGUGCUUGCUGUGAUCUGCACUACGUGCUCUAGGGUCAUCUCACAGUGACCCCAGUGCCUUCUCAUUUUCGUGCUUAGCAGCAGCCUUCCACAUAAAACUAACCUAUGUGAUCAUGACGGGACAUCUGCACACAGGACCUGCUGUGCAGGAGCCGGGGAAGCUUGAGGACUGCCACGGCAGCACCUUUCUUGGCUUCUAUGCUGCCCUCGUACCCUGUUUACUACUGCACUGAUUGUGUGUAUCUUGCAGGUUUCCUCCUUGAAUGCCAAGCAGGAAGUGGGGACAAUUCAAGAAGAUCCCCAGCUUUCAGCAUUUGCCAUUAUUUUCUGGGUUUUAUUUCUUGGAAUAGGCAGGACAAUCAAGUUAGUUCUUAUGCCCUUAGCCCCUAUCUGGUGGAAAUUGCUUACCCUUGCUUUCUCUGGAAACUGCCUUUGCCCUGCCCUGCCUUCCCUCUUUUUGAAGAAGAAUGUUCCCUUUCCCAGUGGGAGAAGGUGGUAGGUAUUGGACUUCCACGAAAGCAUAAUUUGGAGAUCUUAAGGAAAGGACAAGCAGAAAUUAAAUUGCAAUCUAACCUGAAAAAAUAAAAAUAUUAAAAAAGGA